AUGCAGGGAGCGCAAAUCGAAAUGAGGAAGGCCAGGGCGGCAACCAGGGCAAACGAAGCAGAGAAUCCCACACAGCAAAAGGGGAAACACGCAAGUGUCAAUUCCGACGGUCUUGGUCUCGGAGCGGCUGCAAGCCCCAAGGCCGGCGGGUCGGGCUACAAGAGCCGUCACAGCAUCGCCGCCGACAGUGAUCCUUUGGAGCCGACCGUCCACGGUGAAUGGCCGGACGGGCUGGCCAAUAUCAUGAGGGGAAGCGCUCGACAUUGUCGCAUUCGAUCCUCUAGUGUCUGGUGGCCUCCUGGUCUCUAUGUCUGCCGCGCGCUGGUGCCGCCGUCGCAGCCUCUGGCCGCGGCGAGCGCACGACCCACACCAAAGCCUCAGCUACUGGGCCGGGUCAUCUGGCUGCAGUUGUUUCUUUGCUUUUUGGUUCUGACCCUUCGCUUCACUUCCCGCUUCCGCCUCGGCGUCACGCCGGGCUUGGAUCCCUGGCGGAGUUGCGCGCGCAAUGAUUAG